AUGUGCAAGCCAUGUGGUCAGAUUUCAGUGUGGCUGCCAGUGGCUGACAUACUUUGGAAUCGGAUGGUCAUUAAAGUUCAGUUGGCACUGCACAAUAAAGGAGUAAAGCUUCCUGGGAUUGGAGCCAUCAAAAGUGUUUGCCUGUCAAAUCUUAGCAUGUGUGGAACCGGAGUCAGGGUUAUGUCUGGAGGGUCUAGAAAACAAGCUCAGCAGAAGCGGCCAUUGGAAAAUCCGGAGCGGGGGUCAGGGUGCGAGGAGAAUUGGGAGGGAUCAGGGAACCCCUGGGGGUACAAGGUUGAGGGGUCAUGGAAAUUGAUUGUGCCUCUAGGGGUCACCAGCAGAAAAACUGUGGAUUUCAGUGUCACCCUAUGA